UUUCAUCCAAUAGCUUCUGCAUCAUUUCUAGCAUAGGGAUAGACACAAGAACCUCACACCAUGGGAUCCGGAGGUAGAAUGGACUGCUGCGGGCAGUGCGUAAAGUACAGCAUGUUUGUGGCCAACUUUGUCAUCUUUCUCGGUGGUGCAAUCGUAUUCAGUUUGGGUAUUUGGACGCUGGUGGACAAACACUUCAUUAACGAGCUGCUCGGUACGAACCUAUUCUCCGGCGCCGUUUACGUGUUGAUUGCCACCUCCGCCCUGGUCUGCCUGCUGUCGUUCUUUGGAUGCAUGGGUGCGGCCAAGGAGUACAAGUGUAUGCUGCUGACGUACUUCAUACUGGUGUUCCUGAUCUUCGUGACGAUGCUGAUCGGUGGCAUCCUGGGGUACGUGUUCCGCGAGAAGGUAUCGCAGACGAUGGGCGACGAGAUGCGGUCGUCCAUGAGUUUGUACGGUUCGCGGCGCACCAUCACGACCGCGUGGGACGAAACUCAGCAGCGGCUGAAGUGCUGCGGCGUCAAGAGCUACAGCGAUUGGCGCGGUGACAUCCCACAGUCCUGCUGUCAGCGAACACUCGACGGUUACAAACCGUGCAUCGAGAACCCGAGCCCGGAGAACAUCUACAUCAACGGAUGUCUCGAGAUCACGUCCAGCUACAUCCGGGAUAAUGCGGCCAUCAUCGGUGGUGGUGGAAUCGGCGUAGCGGUACUGCUGAUAUUCGGAAUGAUAUUCUCCUGUUCACUGUUCCGGAUGAUUGAGUAA